AUCAAUCAUAUCCAUGCUGCAGCAAUAAUCAGAUCAAUUCCUGGUGCCAUCUGCCAAGUACAGAGAUCAUCUGGAUUGAGAUUGAUGAUAUCAUGCCAAUCUAUCUAUCUAUCUCUCUGUCUUUCUCUCUCUGCAUGCAGUUUAUUUGUGUCUCUCUUUCUCUCUAUACUAGUCUCUCCCACCAAACGAUGCCUUUCCCAAAUUUAUUUUUUUUAAUUUUGGUUUUGGCCCUCUGGUCUGGCUAUAUAAACUGCCAAUCAUGCAUCCUUGGCAGCAAAGCCAAAAACACAAGCCCGGACACCCAUCUGCACCCUGCAUUCCAUAUAACACAGCAAGCUUGAGAGACGCCGGCCUGGCCAGUGGCCACCUGCCUCUCUCUGCCUGUGCCGUGUCUCUGUUCGUGUGAGCUAGCGUUCCUUCCCCUCUCGGCAGUCGGCCUACAACAACACACAUGAAGGACCGCCGAGGCAGCUCCGGCGGCGGCGACCGCUUCGCCGUCUUCCCCUUCUCCAUGGGCUGCAUGUCGCAGUCCGCCGUCUCCGUCGCCGACCCCACCGAGAAGAAGCCGCAGGGCGACCCCUCUUCCUCCUCCUCGGCCACCGCCACGACCACGGCACAGACAGCAGCAGCAGCAGGUUCGUCAGAAGAUGGUGCCGGCGAGACCGCGAAGGAGAAGGCUGCCGUCGCCGCGGCCGCGCCGGGCCUCGUGGCGGCCGGGGUGUCCAGGCUGAUGAAGGGGAUCAGGAGCCUGUCCCUGAUGUUCGCCGGCGACGACGAAGAGGAGGAGGAGAGGGAGAUGGUGAUCGGGUACCCGACGGACGUGCAGCACGUGGGGCACAUCGGCUGGGACGGCCACAACAAGGUCGGCGCCAUGGGCAUGGUGAACGCCUUCUCCCUGCCCUCCUCCCUCUCCCUCCGCCAGCUCGAGAUGGCCAUGGACCAGGCGGCGCACGCGUCGGCCUGAUGAUCAUCGGCUGCCACAGUGGUGGUGGCAGUAGCAGUAAAAAUCCAUCGAAUUGCAGCUGCUGCUUACUGCUGCUGAUGCCGUAAAAGUAAAAACCUCCCUGUCAUCUGGUACAUGCAUGCCUUUGGAUUUCUUUCUUCAUCUUUUUGCAUUGGUGAGAGCAUGAGACGAGUAGCAUAUUUGUGUAUAUAUGCAUGCCGACUUGUAUAGAUUGUGAGAAGUUGCCAUCAUAUCUCCAUCAACACUGGUGGUGCUUGCUGGAGUAUAUGUCAGUUUGUGCCUGCUGUGACCUCUAUCUGUUUUCCAUUUGUUUUCAAAAAAGAAAGAAAGGAAGGAAGAAAGAAAGAAGAAAUGUUCAUGGCUAGUA